GUGGCAACGUCGUCACUUGAAACGAUAUGAAAGUUUUGACAAACAGCUGUUGUGGAACAUUUUUAUUUUCGAUAAUACAAAGGAAUAAACAUUUUGACUUUAAAAUAAUAAUUAACUAAUUCACAACAUAAGCCAUGGCGGAUACAGAGGAUAAUUCUAUAACGGAGAAAGACAAUUCAAAAAUUUGUAUACUACUAAAUGCUACGGGCAACGUUCCAAUAAUCAAAAAACGCAAAUGGACAGUAGAUCCCAAUAAAACUGUUAGUUGGAUACAGAAGUUUAUACACCAAUAUCUUAAAUUAGAUGCAAGUGAACAGAUCUUUCUUUAUGUGAAUCAGACAUUUGCUCCUGCACCGGAUCAAGUUAUAAAAAAUCUCUACGAAUGUCAUGGUACGAAUGGCAAACUUGUUCUUUAUUAUUGCAAGAACCAAGCUUGGGGCUGAAUAAUCAAUCUAGUUAUAUUAGAUCUCUCUUGGUAUAGUAUUAAGUUAUAUUUCUCUUAUGUACAUAUGAUCGUAAGAAAUAUAUGUACUUAUAGAAACUUAUGUUAAUUGUAAAGUAUUUUUUUGUAUAAAUAAAACAUCAAUUUAGAAUAACAUAAAGCUUUUAUUUUAACUACAAAUGUGAUCAAAACAAUGUUCUAAACAUUACUUAUGUAGUCAUCUACUCAACUUUAAGCAUUGUUUUUCACAAAUAAAACUUAAUUGCCUCUAAUUGAUUCCAAAUGAUCAGCAGCCUCUUUAGAAAUUCUAUGAUAUUUGGCGAUGGCUGGUCUGUAGUAAUAGGCUUUGUAAUCGUUGCGCUCAGCCAUUUUUUCAUUGACAUCUUUCUCAAGUUGUCUGAAAAAUUCGAGAACAUGAACAACGAAUCUACGUUAAAAUAAAAAUGUAUUAAUGUAUUACCUUAUCAAAGCUUUCUCAUUUUCCUCGAAAAUAUGGUGCAAAGAUUUUUCGUAUUCUUGCUGUGGUGAAGGAUAGAUAUAUCGAGAAAUGAAGCGGGAAAUUGGGUGCUGAAAAGUAAUUACGAUGUUGGAUUUAAACAUGUCGACACGCAUUAAUGACAGCAGAUAUAUAACAUUAUUAAAAUUACUUUAUAUUUGGUCUCUCUCACUGUUUCUGUAUCUUAAAUAAAUCAAUUUGUUUUAUGGACUAACCUUGUGAUAUUCCCAAUGUUUGGGUUCGUAACCUUCAGGAAUCUCGGUCAACUGAGCUGGUCCAAUGAAAAUGUUAGUGUACAAAACAAUUCCUGUGAUAGGAAUAAGACCAAUCAUAACGUAGAAGUGUAACAAAU